AGGACGCGUUGCUAGGGCUUUGUUGUUGCCAAGGUGAGCACGGCCUAGUUUCCUCUCGCAGCCCGGUCUCACCUCCGCUGUCAUGUUCAAGGCAGUGAAAUUCGUAGCUUUCCCCGCCAGUCUGGGUUUUGUGGCUUUUCGUGUGCACGCAGAAAGUGAAAAAAAUACUUCUCCUAAAACAGUCCUAAAAGUGGAAGAGCUUACGCUGUAUUCCAGCCCAGUGCAAGAAGCCAGAUUUGUUGAAGAGAAGCAGACUGAACUGGAAGAGGGAAUUUCAUGGCUCAGACAGUCUGCAGCACCGUAUACUAGCUGGUGUCAGGAUGUAUACACAAAGACCAAGCCUAAGGUGGAGACUGCUGUGGAGCAUUCAAAAAUGACAUAUGAAAAUCUAAGAGAUGCACCACCCGGAUUCUAUCCCAGACUCGGUCUAAUUGGAUUUGCUGGAAUUGUUGGCUUAUUUCUUGCAAGAGGUUCAAGAAUAAAGAAAAUAAUAUAUCCUCUGGGAUUUAUGGGAAUUGGUGCCUCUCUCUAUUACCCCCAACAGGCAGCUACAAUUGCAAAGGAUACCGGUACAGCGCUAUAUGACUGGAGCCUCCAAAGCGUUGUAACCCUGGAGUCUUUGUGGAAAGAUGGUGGAAAGAAGAAGUCUGCAAAAAAAGAAGAAAAGUCUGCCCCAUCUGUGAAUAGUAACCUGUCGCCAGCUGAUGAGACUACACGGAGUUCAUCUGAAAGCUCUAAAUAAAGGUUCCUCCAUUGUGCGAUUUACAUUGUGGAACAGCUUCCAGUUCAUCUCAGGAAAUCCACAACUUGCACUGAUGCAUCAGAAGGAGUGUCUUUGUGAACUAAGGCACAUGAACUCGGCAAUUGCUCAUGAUCCAAAGUCAGAUUCUGUUAUUUAUGUACCAAAUUGAUCAGCCAAUAAAAUAUUUUAUUUGCAUU